AAAAUGUAAACAAACUAAUUUGUAUUUCGAUCGUGAAUUGUGGGGAGAUUUAGACUUUUCAGUUUUCAAAAUGAGUGUUAAUCAAUGGAUAAAUGAUGAACUUCACACUAUAUUAGGUUUCAGUGAUAAAUUUACUGCCGAAUUUUUGUUAAAUUUGGCUUCUAAGAGUACAAGUCCUGAUGCCCUAAUUGGCAAAAUUAAGGAUACUAGAACGCUGGAUAUAAACUCUAAUGUUAUUGAAUUCGCUCAUAAUUUAUGGGCAAAAGUACCUCAUGCAGAAUCUAAGGAAAAACCUGCUCGAGUACGAGAGAGAGAAAUAAUGGAAAUAUUGCAAAAGAAUCAAAGUUAUAAAUUAAUUGAAGAUGAUGAUGAUUACUUACCUGUUCAGGAAGAAAAACAUUCAAAGAAAUCCAAAAAGCGUAAGAAUUUACGAAAGCGAGAUUCUUCUAGCAGUGACAAUGAUGAAGCACCAGCAAAAAUAGUAAAAAAUUCUCCAAAAUCAGAUUCUGAAAGUGAUUAUGAAAAAAUGGAAAGAGAAAGAUUAGAAGAUUUAAAAGAAAGGGAUGAAUUUUCUGCACGGUUAAAGAAAAAAGAUAAAGAAAAAACAAGAAAUAUUGUGGAAAAAUCAGACAGAAAAGCUUUUGAAGAAGCAGCAAAAAGACUUCGUCUUGAAGCUGAAGAUAGAAAGAAAAUCGUUCCCAAAUUAAGAACUGAAUCUCGGAGGCAGUAUUUAGCAAAACGAAAAGAUGACAAACUUAUGGAAUUAGAAGGAGAUAUUCAAGAUGAAGAAUAUCUUUUUUCUGAUGUAAAACUUACUGAGAAAGAAGAAAGGGAACUUCAAUAUAAGAAGAAAAUCUUGGAAUUGGCAAAACAGCAUGAUAAAGCUAAGGAAAUGGAAAAAAUUGAUCGUUAUCAUAUACCUGAAGCAUCUGGAAAAGAUAUUAGCAAAAAGUAUGAAGAAGUUGAUGAGAAAGAAAAAGCACCAAAUGCUGAGCAACUGAAGUGGGAACAAGAAAGAUUAGGAUUUGCCCGAAUGACAUUUGGUGCAGCAGAUGCUAAAAAGAAACACAAAGAAAAAGAAUAUGAUUUUGUAUUUGAUGAUGCUAUUGAAUUUGUACAAACAAUAAAAAUGCCUGGAUCUAAAGAUGUCCCUGAACCUAAGGAAGAAUUAUCAGAAAAAGAGAAGAAAAAACUCAGUAUACAAGAAACAAGAAAGAGUCUUCCAAUUUAUCCAUUUCGAGAAGACUUAUUACAAGCUAUAGAUAAUCACCAUAUUCUCAUCAUAGAAGGAGAAACUGGAUCUGGAAAGACUACACAGAUUCCUCAAUAUUUAUAUGAAGCAGGAUACACAAAAGGCAAUAAGAAAAUAGGAUGUACUCAACCAAGAAGAGUAGCAGCUAUGAGUGUUGCUGCUCGAGUUGCUGAAGAAAUUUCUGUUAAGUUAGGUAAUGAAGUAGGGUAUAGUAUUCGAUUUGAAGAUUGCACCUCAGAAAGAACAGUUCUUAAAUAUAUGACAGAUGGAAUGCUUCUUAGAGAAUUUCUUUCUGAACCUGAUUUAUCAUCAUAUAGCGUUGUUAUUGUUGAUGAAGCCCAUGAGAGAACUCUUCAUACUGAUAUAUUGUUUGGAUUAGUUAAGGACAUUGCACGCUUUCGUCCAGAUUUGAAAUUGCUGAUAUCAAGUGCAACCUUAGAUGCAGAAAAAUUUUCUCAAUUUUUUGAUGAUGCUCCUAUUUUUAGGAUACCUGGUAGAAGAUUUCCAGUUGAUAUUUUUUAUACAAAAGCACCAGAAGCUGAUUAUUUAGAUGCAUGUGUUGUAACUGUACUACAAAUACAUUUUACCCAACCUCUUGGUGAUAUUUUAGUGUUUUUGACUGGACAAGAAGAAAUAGAAACUUGUCAUGAAAUGCUUUUGGAAAGGACCAGAAAGCUUGGCUCCAAAAUGCGUGAAUUAAUAAUAUUACCUAUUUAUGCUAAUUUACCAUCAGACAUGCAAGCAAAGAUAUUUGAACCAACACCACCAGGUUCAAGAAAAGUUGUGAUUGCCACUAACAUUGCUGAAACUUCUUUAACAAUUGAUGGUAUUAUUUAUGUUAUUGAUCCUGGAUUUUGCAAACAAAAUAGUUUUAAUGCUCGUACAGGCAUGGAGUCUCUGGUUGUUACUCCUAUCUCAAAGGCCUCAGCAAAUCAAAGAGCAGGUCGUGCUGGACGAGUAGCUGCUGGAAAAUGUUUUCGUUUGUAUACUGCAUGGGCAUAUCAGCAUGAACUUGAAGAUAAUACCAUUCCAGAAAUACAGAGAGUUAAUUUGGGUAAUGCUGUUCUUUUGUUAAAAUCAUUAGGAAUAAAUGAUAUAAUACAUUUUGAUUUCCUGGACCCACCUCCACAUGAAAGUUUAGUUUUAGCUCUUGAACAACUUUAUGCAUUGGGAGGACUUAAUCACCAAGGUGAACUUACAAAGCUUGGCCGUAGAAUGGCUGAGUUCCCUGUUGAUCCUAUGAUGUCCAAAAUGCUUUUAGCUUCUGAAAAAUACAAAUGCUCAGAAGAAAUUCUUUCGAUUGCAGCUAUGCUUUCAGUAAAUAAUGCCAUAUUUUAUAGACCGAAAGAUAAAAUUGUACAUGCUGAUACUGCUAGAAAAAAUUUUUUCAGCACAGCUGGUGAUCAUUUAACUUUAAUGAAUGUUUACAAUCAAUGGGUGGAGUCAGAAUAUAGUACUCAAUGGUGUUUUGAAAAUUACAUUCAACAUAGAUCAAUGAAAAGGGCUAGAGAUGUCCGUGAACAGCUAGAAGGUUUAAUGGACCGUGUUGAAAUUGAACUUGUAUCAAAUCCUUUAGAUACAAUGGCAAUUCGAAAAGCCAUAACAGCUGGUUAUUUUUAUCACACAGCUAGGUUAUCUAAAAGUGGACAGUAUAAAACUGCAAAACAGCAACAAACGGUUACAAUACAUCCAAACAGUGCCUUAUUUGAGGAUUUACCUAGAUGGCUUGUGUAUCAUGAACUUGUCUUUACAACAAAAGAAUAUAUGAGACAGGUAAUAGAAAUUGAAGGUGUCUGGCUUUUAGAGGUUGCACCUCAUUAUUACAAAAGCAAAGACAUUGAGGAUUCUACUAAUAAAAAGUUGCCAAAAAAUACUGGUAAAUCCCAGGCAGAUUUAAAGCGUCAGUAUAAUUAAAUUUUACUUUAUGAAGUGACUUCAUAUUGUAUAUUCUGUACAGUAUCAUUUAUAAUCAUCAGAAAUGUGUUACAUUGAUUCUUCUUAUAAUCGAAUGAAAUGUUUUAAUA